CAUAGAAAUGAUACCUUACAUUAUUAUUUUUUUCCUCCGAUUAUUAUCUCUCUCACUAGUACCAGCAUUACUACUUCAGAAUCGGAGCAAGACGCGAAUUUGACACAGCCUACAACUUAACAGACUAAUUAUUGAUAUAAAACCCAAACCCCUCUUCCCAUCACUCCAAAAAUCCCAAUCAAUUUUCCAUCUCCUCUCAACUUUUCAUUCUCCACUCUCUAUUUACUCAGAUUAUUAUUAUGAUUACUCGAUUAUCAACAAAAUUCAUGAACAUAUGCAUAUCCACAAUGUGCAAAUCAAAUCAAAUAUCAAAAGCGGAAGUCGUUUUAAUAGACGGCAUCAAAUUAGGAGUGUACCCUGACAUCUUCACCUACAACACACUAAUCAAUGGGUAUUGUCGUUUCGUAAGCCUUGAUGCCGCUUAUAACAUUCUCAAUAGAAUGAAAGAAGCGGGAAUUAACCCUGAUGUUGUUUCCUACAAUUCAUUAAUUUCAGGUGCGGUUAGAAAAUCUCAUUUAUCUAAGUCCCUCCAACUGUUCGACGAAAUGCUUCAAUCAGGAAUUCGCCCUGAUGUAUGGAGUUACAAUAUAUUAAUGCAUUGUUUGUUUCGCCUCGGGAAACCGGAAGAAGCUAAUAGUGUUUUUAAGGAUAUAGUUGAGAGUGGUGAAAUGUAUCCUUGUACGUCUACUUAUAAUGUUAUGAUUAAUGGGUUGUGUAAAAACGGGUAUGUGAAAAAUGCUGUUAUGUUGUUUAGGAAUUUGCAGCGUCAUGGGUUUGUUCCUCAGGUUUUGACUUAUAACACGAUGAUUAAUGGGUUGUGUAAGGCAAAGAGGUUAGGGGAUGCGAGGAGGGUGUUAAGGGAGUUUUGUGAGUAUGGCUAUGAGCCGAAUGCAAUUACUUAUACAACGGUUAUGAAGUGUUGUUUUAGGUGUGGGAGGUUAGAGCAAGGGUUGGAGAUAUUGUCAGAGAUGAGGAUGAAAGGCUAUACAUUUGAUGGGUUUGCGUAUUGUACUGUGGUUGCUGCGUUGGUGAAGACAGGGAGGAUUGAAGAAGCGGAUGAGAUUGCUCAGAAAAUGAUGAGUAAUGGUUUGGUGCCUGAUCUUGCUUCUUAUAAUACAAUGAUAAACCUCUUUUGCAGGCAAGGGAGGUUCGAUGACGCGUUGAAGUUGGUCGAUAAGAUAGAGAGACAAGGACUGAAAUGUGAUCAGUAUACACAUACGAUUAUAAUCCAUGGAUUAUGUAAGGUUGGCGAUUUUGCGGGUGCUGAGAAGCACUUGGAUUUUAUGAAUUCAUUGGGGUUUGGUUUUAAUUUGGUGGCGUUUAACUGUUUGAUUGAUUGUUUGGGUAAAGCGGGUCAUAUUGAUCAAGCAAUGAAGGUUUUUGAUAGUAUGGAGGUUAAAGAUUCUUUCACUUAUACUAUAUUGGUGCACAACCUUUGCAGGGCUAGGAAGUUCCUUUUUGCUUCCCAGCUUUUGAUUGGUUGUUUGAAAUCUGGCUUUCACAUCUUAAGGGCUACUCAGAGAGCUGUUAUUGAUGGUCUAUGUAGUGUUGGUUUUAUCAAACAAGCCAGGAAAGUUAAGACCAAAAUUCGGUCGGCUCGAUUGAUACGUUGAUUACAUGGCAAUUGCUGUGUUGAACUUAGAGAUGUGUAUUAAUAUUGAGCUAACAAAAGAGCGACACUCUGAUUCUAUAUAUUAUUCCAGUGAUUUGAUUGCAGUAACCAUUAUUCAAAGGGAGACUUUAUCAUUAUGCUACAAGUCAUUUGGUCAUUGUGGUUCCCAUGGAGAUCCAGGAAGAGAAAUGUUGAGUGAGAAAGCUGAGGGACCUUUUGCAUGGUUCAGAAUAUGUUCUCACCUCUCAAGAUAAAGAUGGAGACUGGAUGCUUGUAGGGGAUGUACCAUGGGAGUAAGAUGUUUUCAAAUUCUAUGUCAUCAGAUUGUGUCGGUGAGUUUAACAAAGAUGAGUAUGGGAUUCCUGAAGAUGAUUGUUGACAAGCUCCACAAUCAUCAAGAUGUCUCUGAAUUUGGAGUAAUUUUAGAAGAGUGUAGACAUCUCUCCUUUUUUCCAAAAUUCUCAUAUUGAAAUUUGUAAAAGAGACAAGCCAAUGAAACAAUUCAUAUGUUAACAUAGCAAAUGCAGUUACUUUAUUAGCUAGUGUCCAAAUUUUUUAUAUCCCAACAUGUACUAAACAAUUAUUAAUGACAUUAACUCCGUGAAAACUUCGCCACUGAAUUAGAUACGUAGUCAAUCUAAACAAGCACUAAAUAGAUGCAAACUUUAUUUACAAAAUCAUACACAAACCCUUCCUUAUACAUCAUCAACUAGUAAUAGUUGUUAAGUAGCAGCAACAACAUAGCAUAGUAUUACUCUAAUCAAUUCCCCUAACAACUCAUAUCUAAAUAACACUAAAUCUUAGUAGAGUAGUAAACUACAAACACAUUUUCCACAUCUCUAAUUGCACGUU